UCACACCUUGCGCCCCUGAGCAGGUAUAAAAGAGCCGCUGGCUCUCCAAGCUUCAUUCCACUGUGCUCUUCACAAAGUCGAAAACAUCUCUACUGCGGAUAACUUUUGCAGCUUUUGGACUUUUACCUACCCAAACAGAAGACAUGCAGAUGCCUGGAAGACCUUAUGCACACUUUGGACAUUCAGUGCGUCCUUUCCAUCCGGACUAUGCCACUUCAUCAAAACCGAGCACAGGGAAAUCCUUCACAAUCGACGCUCUGCUUGCGAGGCCUGACCAUACGGAGAGAGAUAGAACAAGUGUGUAUCGGAACAUAACCAAUCGAGGGCCAGUCUCGAUUUCCGCUGUCCCAUUUGCGGCACAAGUGUACUCGCAAAUGCCACAUUUUGCGCACAACCAGAGUAUCAUGCAGACGCAGACUGGGUAUCCAGUUUUCUGCUACCCGCCUUACAACUACCAGACAACAUGUCGUGGAGCUAUAUAUGCACAAGAUGCCGUACUGGCUAAAGCAGCAGUCCACUCUCACUAUAAACACAAAGCUGGAAAAUCAAAGCGAAUGCGCACAAGUUUUACCAAUGAGCAACUGUCCAGACUGGAGAAGGAGUUCGCACGGCAGCAGUAUAUGGUGGGAUCAGAGCGCUUCCUCCUGGCAUCUGCUCUCCAGCUCACUGAAGCACAGGUUAAAGUUUGGUUCCAGAACAGACGCAUCAAGUGGCGAAAGCAGAGUCUUGAGCAACAACAAGCCAAACUAGCCAAACUGGGACUCGCCGUGCCGCCAAAGAGUCCCGGGUCUCAGGGCAGAGAGGAUGAGGAGAGAGAUUUCACAGAAGAGUCUGAUGUGGACAUUGACAUCGACGAUUCACUUCAAGACUGAGAAAAUCACAUUCGCUGUUAUUUUUAUACAGUGUUUUUGUACAUAUCUGGUUUUCUCUAGAUGACACAGUCUUCUCUGUUUUUACAAAUAUUUAAUUAAUAGAUAUAUAUUUAACGUGUUUCUCUUACACACAUUGCUCUUAUAAGGGUAUCUUUGUUUUCGUUAAAACGUUUCUAUAUGGAUGAAAUAAAAGGAAAUAUAUUUUUAAAACUAAAUUCA